AAAAUGCGUGGGGAUAACACGACCUGGGAUGCAAUAGAUCAAUUUAAUUUGGAUCAAUACAAUCCGCGAAGGCGACAAAGUCUGAGCGAAAACGUUUCUGAUUUGGCACCCCCACGUGGAGCAGCAACUAGUGCACGUGCACGACGUCAUGUAGGAAGAGGAGCAAGUAUUCAAACUUCUCCUCAACAUUUUAAUGAUUUUGUUUCAACCGCUGUGGUAGAGGAAACGAUGUGGUUAAAGGUGUGGAAAUUUUGCAAAAAAUAUUGUCAUAUAAUCUUGGGUUUACUUACUCUAGUUGCGAGCGUUCUUGGCAUUGUGCAUGAAAUUAGAGAAGGUUAUAAAUUGUUGGAAGAAUCUUUUGACAAAAAAAUUAUGGAAGAGUUCAAAGCAUUCAAUAUUUCUUUUGAAAAUCGGUUUAUUGGACUUGAAAAGAAUAUGAAUGAUAAAUUCUUAAAAAUUGAGGAGGAAUUAGUUCAAAUUGGUAACAAAUUUAACUCUAUCGAUGCUAGAUUUUUGAAGAUAGAACAUGACUUGUUCACAUUAAACGAGACGGUUUCAUGGAUUAUUAAGAAUACAGGUAUGGGACUUCCACCUCCAUACUCAUUUAAUCAAUUGCCUUACCACCCUCCAAUUGUAUAG